AUGUGGGCCCAUAGUUAAUUGGAUUUACCCAAACUACAUAAGUCAGAAAUUAACGUUGUCUUCUCCAUUUCCAAUUUUCUUUAGCCGCCCUUUCCGUUUCUCUCAGUGCCUUGAAGUUGUUUGGUGCAUUUCUAUCCAUUUCCAUUUGUAGCCCGUCGUUUUCUCUCCAUUUCGAAGUGAUGUCCUUCUUUCUCCAUUUUCAAUCUUAAACACCCCCAAUCGAGCGUAAGCGACGUGGUCGUACUCGUGGCUUAGGCACAUCCCAGAUAGUCAAGGCCACUCAUAGGAUGCUGAAAAUCAUGUAUGAAGACAGCGAUGGAGGACCAACUGGUUCUAAAACUAGUCGAUUCGUAUUCGAAAUAGGAUGUAGUGUGAGAAUAUUUGUACCUCUUCAAAAGAUCUUUUGGAAAGAUGUGACUGAAUUUGAAAAAUCCCCUAUUUAUGACAAAGUGAAGAAAGAGAUGGUAGACAUACAAACAACACAACGGGCACAUGUUGUGGGAGAGGAGAGUGAGAGCCAAGGGGUACAGCUCAUUGCUAAUGACAUUGCAGCUCAGGUCCUUGGAACUACUUCUUGCUACUAUAGGGGUUUGGGCAAGGGUCCAAAGAUUCCACGUGCUACAUCUCGUGCAGACAUGACUCAACGAGAGAAUGCGAAGCUUCGCCAAGUCGUGCAUAAUUUGCAGAGCCAAAAUGAGCAUGUUCUCGUAGAGUUCCUACUACUCCUCAUUCCUCAUCAUCACCAUCAUGAGCUGAUCAAGAGUCACAUAAUGAUCAUUAGUUUAAAGCUCUUUUAUUCCAUUUACAUGGUUUUAUAUUUUAUGGUUAAUACUCCAUUAUUACAUAUGCUAUUAUUUUGGAUUAAGCUAGUCUUCUCUUAUUUUGGAAUUUGAUUAGACAUUUUAUUUUGAAAUCCAUUAUAGUGUGGGCUGUACAUAUUUAUGUAGUUACUUAUUCUGAAAUUGGAAUUGAUUGGUAGAGACAUGAUAUGGUAUUUUGCCUUGUAAUUGU